AUGGUGAAUGCUGUAAAAAUUCUUUUGGUAACAGAUAAUGCAUCUGCAAUGGAGUUGAUUGAUGUUUUAUCACCAUUUUAUUCAGCAACAUUACUGCUUUCAUCAUCCAAUUAUUCUACAAUUGGAGAAUUUCAUUUUACACUGGACACUAAACAAUAUUUUGAAUUACCUAAUGAAGCAAAAAUGAUAGCAUCAUUAUUGGAUCCUUCUACCAAAUGCUCAAACUUUUACAACUGA